GUUACGCUCAUCUCCUGCAUCCUGACAACAGCGUCGUAAAGCCUCCACGUGAGCGUUUCGGACAAACCUUUGCUCCACGAUUCGGCACUGGACUAAAUCUCUUCCGUGCCGAGCUGUUCCGAAAUGCCAGUGUAUGAUUGGCCGAUCACCUCGACCCUACACUUGGCAAUUUUCCCAGUUUCGAGAAACUUGAGGCAGGAGUCAAACUUGUCUUUCUCCUUUCCAACAUCUCGUAAGACUAGGCGCUUUUCUCGCCAAUGAGAGCGAUACGAUCUACUCUUCUACCGAUUAUCAGGACACGACGAUGUCCACCUUCUACCACACGUUGGAAUUUGCCGGACCUUUGUCCUCGCAACAGUUCAAGGGAUUGUCAGUUGCGGAUGGCCACCUCCGCUAGGACAGGGUAUACCCAGGCCCGCACAUUUCCAAGCGAAGGCUUUGAAGUGCUUCCUUUGCACGAGAAGAUAGAAGAGGAAAGAGUCCCAGGCUACAAGGCUGAAAGAUUUUACCCUGUGCGGCUCGGCGAUGUCUUCGAGUCUAGGUACCAAGUCGUUGCUAAGCUCGGUUUUGGUACAGCUUCCACUGUCUGGCUCUGCCGGGAUCUUAGGGAAAGUAUCCUUCUCACGCUCAAGGUCUGCAUUGCUGGAGAAGAUGCUACCAAUGAGCUCGGCAUCUCCAGCUAUAUCAAAUCAAUUGAUGCAGAGCAUCCCGGGAAGGCAAGACUGCGCGUGGUACUCGACGACUUCCAGAUCAAAGGGCCUCAUGGGUCUCACCAAUGUCUCCUCUUCGCCCCUCUAGGCUUGACUUACACCGAUUUUCGAAAUCUGUUCCCAGAGAGGGCUUUGAAUAAGGAUCUCUUACAACAGAGCUUGCUUAUGAUUUUGGAGGGCUUGGACUUCUUACAUCAAGCAGGCGUGACUCAUACAGACAUAUCGCCAAACAAUAUCCUUCUUGGGAUCAAAGAUGGCGUCGCGCUCUCAAAAGUCGAGCAAACAGAACUUGAGAGACCGUCUCCGCGCAAGGUUCUGGCAGACCGAGUUAUCCAUCUUUCCUACACUAUGCCAAUCACCUACGGCGAGCCGGUUAUUUGCGACUUCGGGGCGGCUCGCUUGGGAGAGCCGGGGCAGAAGCACUCUGGCGACGUCAUGCCUGGGGUAUAUAGAGCCCCUGAAAUAAUUGUUGGCAUGGAAUGGGACUCUAAGAUCGAUAUAUGGUCUGUGGGAGUUAUGAUAUGGGACCUGUUCGAAGGGGGCCGCCUUUUCCGUGCAGUAAAGGAUGGUCAUCUUAAUGAUGAGCUACAUCUUGCCGAGAUGGUCUCGCUCAUGGGACCCCCGCCGAGAAAGUUUCUGGAACGCAGCGAUAAGUGCCGUCAGUACUGGGACUCCGAAGGUAACUGGAUCGGUCUAACGCCAAUCCCCGAUCAAAUCCUCGAGACACGCGAGAGGCGUCUAGAGGGGAAGGAUAAGGCGCUGCUCCUCGCCCUCGCCCGCAAAAUUCUACGCUGGCUCCCGGAAGAGAGGCCAUCUGCGGAGGACCUUUUCGAGGACGAAUUUCUAACUCAGUGGGCGUCUGGGGAGAAGUGAGAUCCUGAAUGAGCCACCGACAAUUUCGCGCUGCGGUCCAACAGUAUCUUGAGAAUUGCUAGGCAGGCCGAACAUUGACUAUAUCAAUAAAGACUCUAUAU